AGGCCAUAUUUAUGUUUGUGUAAGCGCCACUCAUGAACAGUCUUCCAGAGGCAACGUGCCAAAUAUACAACCAGUCGACAAGACAUGUACCCACACAUAUGGACCUCCCUCUCUCACUUGCCUGCAUCCCACCCCUCCCACCUCUCUCUGACCUCCUUCUGUCCUUUCUUCACUGCCUCAACACGAUCUGACACACCAGACGGCCCCUUGGAGUCCUCUCCAGUUCCCACAAGGAACCUCUCUGAAUACUCUUGCAGUGACGGCGGCGCGUUCUCUCUUUCCCGUGGUGCACCCGACAGGUUCUCGUCUUCGAUGACCAUCACCCACUGUCUCGGCUUGCGUGACGGGGAGCGGGGCGGCUGCAGUGUGCUCACAACUUUCUCAAACUCAACAAUCGACUGCAUCUGCCUCAGCGAUGGGUCAGAGGCAGGGAGACACCCAAGCUGACCAAUCACCAGCAGCAGCGUCCCGAACGUGACUGCGAUAUGCUGAUCACCAGCCGCGUCGAGUGCCGAGAGUGCGUCGGGGAGACGGCUGUGGAGGGCACGGCUCGUCUCCUCGCAUGACGACAGGAGUAUCUUGAGCAGCGGGGUGGUCUUGACGUUGCUGGUCGACGGCAGCGGCUGGCAGUGGAGGACCAGAGGGGAGUCCUCUGCAGGGAUGAUGAUCGAGCACGAGAGGGUUUGUUGAGAAGAGGAAGGCUGCGUGCGGAUGAAGUAUCGCAGCUGCUCGCGGCGAUGGCGCCACAUCUGCACGGAGACACAACUCUCACAUCCACAUAUACUUUCGUGGUGGGCUGGCUGUAGUACCUUGAAUGCGAUGUCCCAUGGAAUGACUGUCAUGUAUGUUUCCGUCCCUCCUCCAUUGGUACUUUCCGUCUGCUCCACCCUCACAAUCACAGCCACCCAGCUGAACUCCCCAGGCAGACCGCUGGCUCGUCUCUUCGGUGGGAAGCUCGUCCGUGCGGCAAGGCGGUCAACAAGGGCUUGCCACUGGUCCACACGUUCAUUUGGGCGGCCGCCUUGGCCGGCUUCAGUAAAACCGCAUAUGGUCAGGGACGCGGUGGGAGCUGCUGAUUGUUUCUCUUCCUCUCCGGGUGAUGGUUCGAAUUGGUCAGACACGAUGUGGCAGACGACCGUUGGGGCAAAAGGCAGCUUGCCCCACUCCCUUCUGAGCUCUCCUUUCCGUUUCUCGUCCUCAUUUGUCUGUUGCGUGUCCUUCUCUUGUUCGGCCCCACUUGCGGUUUCCUGCUCCUCUUCCUUCUUCGACUCUUCAGCCGGCUUCAUUUCUUCGUCUGCAUGUGCUUCCGCUACCGAUGCUGUACGUGCCUUCUCGAAGCUCUGCCGCAGGCUCUUCGCCGCCUCGGUGAAGGCUGCCGCGACGAUGUCGCGGACAACAGAGGCGGCCUCCCCAGUGUCGUCGUCAAUGGCUGCCUCGGCGUUCGCUCGUGCUUGAUGGAGCAGAUCCGAAGACAGCUUCUCCUGUGCCAUGGCCUUCCGAGCCCGAUAGCCCCUCCAGUGCUUCUGGAUCAUGAUGGCCGCCAGCCGCCUCCUCCUCUUUUUGUCUCUCUUCUGUCUCCUUCUCUUCAGCUCCUUCACGUCAUCGCGGACCAUCUUGCCUCGCCACGCCGCUUGCAACUUGGUGGCCGCAUCUCUCAUCCUAGCUGCUGAAGGGAAUGCGGCGGCCUUGCAGAAAAGGGUCGGGGGCAGCUCCUCUGGCUUCUCGGCGGCUGCCUCUUCAUGGACAGGGGCUGGCUCGGAUGGUGCUGGCGCGGCCUUUGCUUUCGCUUUUUUCUUGAGGGAAGACUUUGGCUGCGGUAGAUGUUCGGACUCCUCCGUGGCUGACUCUUCUUUUGGUGCGACCUCGGGCUCCUCCUUUCGCUUGAGAGCAGGCUUUGCGGGCGAUGGCUUGUGUACAGGGGCGGGGACAGGUGCUUCAGUGCUCUCAGGCGGCUCGUGAGGGGCCGUUGGGGCGGGUUUUCCUGGUUCUCCUUCAACUGACUCCUUUGACGACUGUUUGAGGCAGGGCUUGGGUGGUGGCUGCUGUCGGUGUGGCUUGGACAGUAUAGCACCAAUGGUGCUCUCGGCCAAGUCGUCGAUCUUUUUCCGUGCGGCCCUGAUCACUGCCGGCUCAUCUGAGGGAGAGGAACAUGCGCGAAUUGAGGCUUCAAAGGCACACGAAUCUGUGUCGCUAACCCAGCUUCUCUUGUCCGCGCUUCUUCAUCCCUCCCUUCUUCUUUUUGGGUUUCGGCUGUUGAUGUUGUUUUUUCUCGAUCGACACGCGCCUCACCCUGUGCCCCCUCCAUAUGGCCUGCACGGAGACCGCAGCUUCGUUCUCCCUUUCGCGUCGCGCCCUCAUCUCUUCUCUCUUCUGUGCGCUCAACUUGCGGUCUCGCCGCCCCCGCACAUGCGCUUGAACCCGGCUGGCUGCCAGUUCUUGUCUCUCCCUCUCCCUGGACUCCCUCUCCUGCUGCUCCUGCUGCUCCUUCUGCCUUCUGAGCUCGUCAGAUGUCAUUCGGGCGGCCCUGGCCCGCCAACUGGCCUGCACCUUGGUUGCCGCACGGGCCAGCUCGGCGUCGCUCUGAUCGAUCGGAGAAGACACGGCCUCUUCUGGUGGCUUCUCCUGCUGUGCCAAGAUGACAGGCUCUUGUUCGCGCCGCUCUGGCUGUGAGAUCUGUGUCUCGCCCAUCUUGAGGUAAGUCUUUUCCUUGUGAAAGAACUGCUCGACCUGAGUCAUCUGCGGAGGUCGCUCCGCCACGCUGGCCGCCUUGGGCAGGGUUUUGUGACGAGAAAGGGACUUCCUCUUCUCUGUCGUUUGUGAUGUGGGUGAGAGGCUGUGCAGGAAGUCAUCGAUGAUCCUCUCAUGCUCGAUCGGCAGAGACAUGCGCAAUGCCCGCGGCCUCUUGUGCUGUCUCUUCUUGCGCGUUGCCUUCUGCGGCGGGGUGCUCUCCUCUGGUGGUCUCUUGCCCUGCGACUGCCGCAGGAGGCCCCGUAAGCCCACGCCGGGUGCAUCGCUUGGACGCUUAGGCGGUCCCGGAGUGCUUCGGGGUCGCACUUGGGUGGGCGGCUGAGAGACAGAGAAAGGUCCUCCGGCGAAUGCAAGUCGAAACUCCACUUUGUCGGGCCGCGUCCUGACUUGGAUCUGGGCACCAGGGAUGACAGGCAGAGAAGACCCUUGUGCUGCUGUCUCAGCACGAUGUUCCCGAUCGUCUCUGGGUGGCGAUGUCGCUCUGGACUGCACCAGAGGAGUGGAAAACUCAUACACGACUGUGUCUCCCUCCAUGUGAGACGAGGCCGUGAGACCUCCCUGGACUGUCUCUUGCGCCGGUGUCCUGUCCGGUCGUGAUGGGGCUUGUGGUGCGGUCGGAUAGGAGCCGAAUGCGGCUUGAGCCGACAGAGGUCGACCACGUCUUUGCGACGAUCCUCUGGCGGAUGGCUGAGCUGACUGCGGCCUGAGAGACGCGUUUGAGUAUGGUGCGGCGGCGUCGUGGCGGUUGUGUGCUUCGAAGAGAGGAAGUGGCACGCUGGCGGCUUCUUGAGGGCUCCAAUGGGACUGGCCGAGCCCAGAGAGGACGAUCUGGGGUUUGUUAGCUGCCAAGGGCGUCUCGCGCUCAUCUGUCUCAGCUGGAUAGGCGUUGUCCAUUGCCGACAUUGCUCUCUCUGGCAGGUGGAAGAGACUCGCUGUUGAGCUUUUCGGUGAGUGUGGCAGGGCGACAGGCGCUUUGGGCGUCCACCCCUCUGCCGGCUGCUCUGUUUCUGCAGUCAUCGGCCGGGUGUUGUCAAUGAGAGGUGCCAGCAGGACCGUCGCAGGCGGAAGGGGUGACUCGGUAGAUGGUGUCUCCUCGGAGUGGGGCAGGGGCGUGACAUGGGCAGACUCACCACCAAACUCUCGUUGAUUGUCGCUCUCAGGGAGUCUUGACGCAUCCUGCUAAGAAAGGAAAGGAUACGAUCACACGAACGAUUAGACAUGAGAGCGUCCAGAUCUUGCUCACCUUCGUGUGAGGUGCCUCGAGUAGUUCUUGCACCGCUUUAGCCGCUCGCAACGGCUGUCUCGGUGCAUUGGUGGGUUUGUGCUGCCAAGCGGUGGGUGGGUAGGUAGAAGACAAGGCUGCAGCUUCUUCGGUCUGCUCUCCAUCGUCAAUGUGUCCCUGCUCGUCUGCCUCCAUAUGAAGUUGCAUCGACGGACUGGUGGCAAGCAGAAUGUUGAGCAGCUUCGACAGUUCGUGACUGCCGAUGCGUGAGACUCUCUGCUUAGCUUUUGGCACCGUCUUGGGACGGGUGACCUUCGAUGACUGCAGCAGCGGUGGACGAUCGAGAGAUGACUGUGCACACACACACACGUACGCAUGUACAGACACGCAAACAUUGACUUUGCUUGUUUUUCUGUCAAAGGGCAAGCACGCACCACUUGCAGCUCUCUGAAUGCUCGUUGGAGAGCCAUGACGAUUUUGAGGCAGCUUUCGUCACAGCCGUCGACUGCUUCAUGUGCCUGGUUGAGUAUGUCUUGGCAAAGAGCGACAUUGCGGCGCGACGCAGCGACGGCAAAGCGGAUGGAAUAUGCACGGAGAAGAGACAAUUUCUGAAGGGACGCCAUUAAUUAGAAAGAAUGCGUAUGUUUCUUUUUGCUUGUCUCCUUUUCUUGCCUUGAGAUUUCUCAUUGCGAAGAGGUCCUUUGUUCGUUGCCGUUUCGCCUCAUUGCCAAUGCGGAACAGCUUGUCGUCUAUCAGGCGAAUCUGACCGAAAAGGGGACACGUGUGAGAUUAUCCAGCUGCAAGUGCUAUAUCCUUUGCCCCCCACAAACCUGGUGCAGCAGCACUUCAAUCGCCUGUGCAGCACAAUAGUCGGCUGCCUCGGGCCUGAGAGACACACACUCACGCACUCCUACACAAAGCUAUGUGUGAUGGUGUCUGUUGUGUCAGUUACCUCUGGAGGUGUGCGUGUAUGUCUGCCACCGCGAGAUGCACCCGCUCUGGAUGCAUGGUGAAGCCCUUCCUGCCAGAGUGCCGCAUCGACCGCUGCUCCCUGUCGCACGCUUGGAAGCACACCAAAGCGUCCUCAUAGAAUCCGUACCUGUACACACACAGACAGAGAAGAAAAACGUUCACUUGCUCCCUUUGUGCGGUGUAGGAGUGAGUACCGUCUGUAUGUCUCUGCCAAUCUCGCCAGGCACACGAACCGCAGGUGUGCUGCAUCGUCGGCCACACUCAUGCCCUUCCUCGUCCUCUCUUGGCUCGAUCCGCGUGACGGCCGGUGAGAAAUGACGCGUGUCCUUGUCCUGGGAGGGCUCUUGGUGCUGCGAGGACGCCUGAAACACGAGGGGCACGGAAUGACAAAACACCGUCACAGCUGGAUGUCUCUUCACGGGUACGGGUAUGCGUUCUUGUAGGGCGAGUCUCGCAGAUUUUGAUGCAGCCGUGGGAGGGACGGCGAAUGGCGGGUGGUCGCGGUUGUCGGUGUCUGUGGCAGCAGCUGACACAGCUGACACGCACGACCAAGACAAAGAAGGGCCCGGUCCACGUCAGCUGACCACAUCAGAAAUGCAACCAUGUGUCAAGUCAGCUCUGAAUCCACCCCGUACACGAGAACGUACCAUUCUUCUGUGCGUCAGCCGACAGCUGUUCCCAUAUCUUGGCACCCUGGAGAACGAGCGCUUCCUCCGCUCCGCUCAGUGCAAGGGAGACUUCCUCUCCAUCUCCCUUUUGUUUCUCCCCCUGCUUGUGCCUUCUGCAUAGCAGAUUAUGCCUGUGCAUGUGUUUCUGGGACGUUUUCCUGCUCACCCCUCUUCCUUGCGGGAGUCUUUGUCCCUCCUGUGAUCUGCAUCUCUCCUCUGCCAAUCCCACAGGCGCUGCUGCGCAUAAGUCCACGCCUCAUCGCCAGCACGCUCCAGCGACUCAACAGACUUCCGCUUCCGCAGAUGGUUCACGAAGCUGAUGCCAUCAAGAACGAGGGAAUGGGAUGAAUGAGUACUAGGGGAACACACGAAAGAGUCUCAGAAUAAAUGGGUCACCUGAGCACUUCCUCUGGGGUUCUCUCCGACGAAAAGAGUGCUGACACAGGGCGCUCGAGCGUCGUGUCCAUCGUGCAGACUGCGUUGAAC